ACACACAGCGAGGUGUUGUGUGUAGAGUGUAGAGCCAGAACAGAGAGCAGAGCAGGCUGUUCGUUCGUUUUCGAUUCCGAUAGUUAUUUUGAUUUGAUAAAUUCCAAUGUGUUUCGGCCAUAAUUCUGGCAAAUAGUAUUUGUGAAAUUGACAUUCCGAUGAGAGUUGGAUGAGAGUGAGUCGAGGCUUUAGCGAUCGAUACUGAAAUGGACAAAACACAAAACAUUUGUGGUGCAAAUAUUUCUUCGUCUGUACAGAUUGCAGUCGUCGUCUGCUAGCUUCUUUUCAACCAAUCAAUUUUGCAGCCGCUGCACUUGAAAAAUGCAAAAUCAGAGGCCGGUGGUGUUUGCAAUAAUGAUUGAAAAAAGGAGAGACGAUUGAUUAUUGCAUUUGAAAGUCACAACAAAAUGAAUAGUUUGCUAUCGUAGGAAUGCCAACAAUCGAGAAAUAAUGGAAACGUCCCGUUACGUUAUUGAACUUCAACUUUAUUGAACUAUAUAAACCAUCACCUUCAACUUUGGGGAAGACGAAUUUAGGAGCCGAUCAGCUUGAGGUGAUGAAAGAGUCGACUGGCGGCAUCAGAAUGGAGAUGUACGAGGACAUGUUCAAGGAGAUCACCCGCAAGCUGUAUGGAAACAACGAGGACGACAAGGACUCCAACGACGCGGCUGCUGGUGUCCUCAAAAUGGUGUCCGCCCAGUUCACCACCUCAGACGACACCUCCAAAAAGGAGGAUCACUCCAUCAGCUCCUUCAGUUUAAACUCGCUGAUGGACAGUAGCUACUCGCAGAUGUCUUCGCUACAGUCGUCUCCGUUCAGCAGCAUCGAUAAACUAGAGGACGACCGUUGGAUCAGCAGUGAGGAGACCCUGGAGUGGACCAACUCCAAGAUCGCCAGCUACAACUCUGUUCAAAAACUGUUCCGGUGCAACGAGUGUGAGUGCGUCGGUUACCUGUCACGUGUGGCCGAGCACUGGCUGGGCACGCACGCGAACCUGCGCGUGUUCCAGUGUCCGCAGUGCGCCUACUCGAGCGCCUGGGCGCGAUGUGUUCGCAUGCAUUUGGCGCGCCAACACAACGUCUGUCAGGAGCAGAGCGAGACGGGCGCAGUGCUCUGGAAGGAGAGUCCUGUACUUGAGGAGGUUACCAAGUAUCUUCAGAGGUUGAAGGCGAAGAUCGAGGAUGAACAUGUGAUGGAGGAGGAGGUGGAGGAGGAGGGGGUGGUUGAGGAGGUGGAGGAAAGCUCACAACCACUACUAAUACACGAACAACCAGAAGAAGAACAACUGGAGGAACAACAACUGGAGGAACAACAACAACAACAACAGCUAGAUCCGUCACCACCGCCUCUGGAACAACCUCCCUCACAACCGGAAAUACUCGCCAUCCCUUCCCCACCAUCCACAGUGGAGUUCAUAGUCGAAACGAAACCGGCCGAGGUGCAAACGGACAGCCCGAAACGGUACAACUGCGCGUUCUGUCACUACGCCACCGAUCGACGCGACCUCUACACGCGCCACGAGAACAUCCACAAGGAGGAGAAACCGUUCUUCUGCUAUGUCUGUUUGAAACAGUUCAAUCGGGCUGAUCAUAUCAAGAAGCAUUUCCUGCGCAUGCAUAGGGAUCAACCGUACGAUAUGAACAAGGCUAAACGCGAGACUACGACAACUAGGGGAAGGGGCAGUGGUAGUUUUGAGGUGGUAGUGGAGCCUCCUACACAGAUAAUACAGCAACGGAUCAUCACGACCCUGGAGUUUGUAGAGAAACCGGCGGAGGUGGAGAGGGAGGUGGUGCGGCAACCGCUCAACAUCCCCGGGUUCCCUCCCACGGUGAGGUUGGAGCCGGCGGAAGUGGUGACCGCGAAGAAGCCGCGCAAACGGCCCGAGAAGAAGUACUCGUGCAACUACUGCUCGUGGACCGGGGUGGACAAUUGGGUGUUGAAGCGGCAUCUCAACACGCACAUCAAGCCGUUCACCUGCAGUAUGUGUGAAUACAAGGCGGCGCGUAGCGAGCGGCUGGCACUGCAUGUGUUUAAGGUGCACAACAAGUAUUUGUGCUCGCGGUGCAGUUUUCUGGCCGAUGAUCAGGAUGCGUUGAGCGCGCACCAGGAUGCGCAGCAUGGCGUGUAGUGACGUCAUUUAGGUGAUAGGGAAAGUCGCAUUUAGUGAGGUCCACGUUAUAAUGGCAGUGUUUAAUUAGCAAUGGUAUUGCUAUCCUUGUCUAUCAUUCAACAAAGCGGAUAGCGCUAUCUCUUUCUCGCUUUGCUCUGUUGUCAGAUCGUCUUUUAACAAUGUAGAAUGAACAAAUUAAUUCAUCUUAAUUAUGAAAAUUCAUUAUUGAAAAAUAUAGUUUCUUGCUUAAUAAAAUAUAAUUGAAUAUUUUAAACGAGAAUGAACCGUUAAUAGUACAUUAAUCAACUACCGUUUGUUUGUUUGUAAAGCUUCACAGAGACUCUAAUCAGAGUAUAGGAAUUGCCAAAAAUUUAUAAUACAUGGAGUAAUAUAAAAAAAAGAAAAAAAUGACACAAAGGAACCCUCCCUACACACAAACUCUUCUGUGGUAUAGAAUACUCCAAGCAUCAAAAAACUUUUCAACUCCUCAAAAACAUCGACAUCUUCACAAUUUUUCAAAUGAGUAGGAAGCUUUCUAAUAAAUUCAAGGCCCACAUAUGUAGGUUUGUUCUCAAAAACAGCUGUUCUGUGAUACAGUGAAGCAUAGUCUCCUCUAUUUCUAGUAUUGUAUCCAUGCGAAUCAGCAUUUCUAAUCAUUGUCUUUCUUCUAACAUUCAGAAUCACCUCAUAUAUAUAAAUAGAGGGAACGGUUAGUAUGCCUAAUU